GUACAUACGCGCAUCGAACCUCAACACCUCACUCCUCCACCAACACCAUCAUGUCCGACUAUCGAAGAAACGGCAAGCGCAAGCGCAGCCGCGAGCCACGAGAUCGCUAUCUCCCCGUCCCCCGCCAGCUGCGCGAAAACCUCCUGUCGAUUGCGGACUCGCCGUUAGCUGUCCCCGCCAAGCAGGCGCAAGAAAUCGCGACGCUGCUGGGUGACAAUUUCCAUGACGAGCAGAUCAAAAAUGAGUUCUUUGAUUUGCUGGUGAGGCUGAUCCUCGAACAGCCCUUCAAGAUUCCCUUCGCCGCCGCGGUCAUCCUUUACGGAAACGAUUCGAAGCCCGAGAUUACGACUGAAGCUUUGAACAGGGCGGGUGAGCGCUUGCAGGAAGCGUUCAACGCUGGGCAUUGGCGAGAUGUCAAGCUGUUGGUCCGAUUCUUGGCUUGCCUGCAGAGGCUAUUUGAGGGAGACGGGGUCAUCCCGCUGUUGGACAAGCUGUUUGACUGUGCUGUCGACUUGCAGAGUGCGAAUGAGAACGAUGUCGUUGGCCUCGAACUCGUCAAGAUUAUCCUGCUUACUCUUCCUUACGCCAUGGGUUACGCAGAGACCAGCAUCGUACCACAAGCUCUGGAGCUUCUCGAAAAGACGGAGAUCGUCGCUUCCAUGAAGCUACCAAUUGAGGAGCUAUUGGAGUCUUAUACUGGUUCCACGGAUGAAAAGCCUGUCCACUAUCUCAGCGUCAUUGGGCUUCUCCAAUUACAAAUGCGGAAUGAAGAGGCGCAUGGAUGGGAGUUCGCGAUUCUUCCGCCAUUCCCGAAGUUCAUCUCGCAGCAGGUUGAUGGUCAGGAUGCCAUGGUUACUACACCCACCCUCCAUCCGUUCCCUUCGCUCGACAUCGUCUCGCCCGUCAACGCAGGUCCGAAUCCACUGUUCCCGGAAGCAUACUUCUCGCUAUAUGCCGACCAGGAGGUAGAAACUGUCCCGAAAACGGACGACAUCGCUGCUUCACUCAUCCGAGACACCAUCGUCGAUACUAUCAACAUUCUUGACUUCAAUCGGGAUGCCGUCGCAACUCUACUGGUCAAUAUGGAUAGCUACUGGCAUCCGGAGACUUUCAUCAAGCGCGGCAUGCCAUUUGAUAAGAUCCGACUCGGCGAAGUUGAGGAGGGCAAAUCGACUUGGAAGCCGGAGGAUAUGGUCCUCGAUGGGAUCUUUUCUCAGAUCUUUACUCUCCCUAAUCCGGAACGCAAAAUUGUCUACUAUCAUUCGGUCAUUACAGAGACCUGCAAGAAAGCUCCUGGCGCUGUUGCACCGAGUUUGGGUCGGGCAAUUCGAUUCUUGUUCCGUAACCUUGACGUUAUGGACCUUGAGCUUGUUUCACGAUUCCUGGACUGGUUUGCCCAUCAUUUGAGCAACUUCGACUACAGGUGGAAAUGGCAGGAAUGGGUCGAGGACCUUGUUCGCUCCGACUUACAUCCAAAGAAAGCCUUCAUCAUCGCCGCCAUAGACAAGGAGAUCCGACUUUCGUUCGGCAAGCGCAUCAAGAAGACCAUUGAUGAGGAGUUUAGAUAUUUGAUCACUGAAGGCAAGGAGAAGGAAGUUCCAGAUUUCAAAUAUGCUGAUGACAGAACUCCGUACGCUGCCGAAGGCGCACUCCUCCAAGUCCAGAUCCGAAAGAAGGCACCGGAUGCCGAGAUUCAAGAAACUAUCAACGUUAUUCACGUUAAAGCCGCCGACGCCGGAAUCAAGGACGUUUUGAUACCGUCAACCGACGCUUUCGUCACUUGCAUCUGCUUUAUUGGUUCAGUUUCGUUCUCGCAUUUAAUUUCUAUAGUCGACCGUUGCAAGGAGCGCCUUCUCGCAAUAGGCCAACAAUCAGAGCCAGCGAGGCGCCAGAUAAUCGCUAGCAUCGUCGCCUACUGGAAAGAUCAGCCCGGAAACGCUAUCAACAUCAUAGACAAGUUGCUCAACUAUACCAUCCUGACCCCGAUUUCCGUCAUUCAAUGGGCCUUGGCAGACCACCUCGGAGCUGGCGAGGCUCUUGCCGAGAGCUGGACGUACGAGAUGGUUGCGAAGACCGUCGCUAAAGUCACCAACCGUGUUCGCCAAAUCGUUGCAGCGAGGCUGCAGGAGGGCCUGACCCAGGAGCAGAUCGAGAGUAUUGACGAGACGCUUAUCAAGGAGCGAGAGGGGAUGCGCAGUUAUUUCAAAUUCAUUGACGACGCGGCCAGUGUUGUUGCUCUUGGCACCAACGAUGCCUACAUUGAGAAGGUGACAAACGGCGAGUUGAACGCUGAGAAUGCGGCCGUGAUCAAGGCCUGGGGAAAGCGCUGGCAGGUUGUCUUCCAGCGAAAGGCGCAUGUCGAGGAGACGGUAGUCGGGGAGCAAGCCGUGGAUGCGAGGGUGAAGCUGCUGCCUACCAAGAUGGAGACCGACUUGAAGGAGGAAACGCAGAAUGGCAACGGUGCAAUGGAGGGCUUGACGAUUGAGGAGAUUGAGUGAGCAAGCGACAGCCUCGUUCAGUGUCAUGCAGGUCUUGAGGAUAUGGGUGGUUUGGGUUUAGCGGUCAUCAAGGGUGCUUCUUGGGACGGUCUUCAAAAGGAGUUCUCAGGAAUCUGAUAGGCUGCAACCCUCUGUACAAUAGAUAGCUAGCUGAAGCAAGCCACGUCG